CUGGAGGAUAAGACCUCGGGUGAACUUUUUGCCCAGGCACCAGUGGAGCAGUUCCCUGGCAUCGCUGUGGAGAGUGUGACAGACUCCAGCAGAUACUUCGUCAUCCGGAUCGAAGAUGAGAAUGGCCGCCGUGCUUUCAUCGGAGUUGGCUUUGUCGACCGAGGGGAUGCUUUUGACUUCAAUGUGGCUCUCCAGGACCAUUUUAAGUGGGUGAGGCAGCAGAGCGAGCUGGCCAGGCAGGCCGAGAACCCCGACCAGGGCCCCAGGCUGGAUCUGGGCUUCAAGGAGGGACAAACCAUCAAACUCAACAUUGCGAACAUGAAGAAGAAAGAAGGAGCAACAGGGAACACCAGACCCCGGCCUGUGGCUCCUGGGGGGCUGAGCUUGCUCCCCCCACCUCCUGGAGGGAAACUUCCUUCUGGAGAGCACCCGUCUUCGCUCUCCAGUGCCACCCAGCUCCCAGGCACCCCCAUCACAGACUCCCUCUUGUCCUGGCCACAGCCGCCUGCUGCUCCGUCUGCCACCACCAGUGAUGUGUGGGGAGAUUUUGCCAAAGCUUCAGGGUCAGCUUCUACCCAGACGAACACAGGCUGGGUUCAGUUCUGA